CGGCCCCGGAUGCGCCGAGCGGAGCGGCGCCGUCUCGCCCCGGACGCCAGUCCCCGGUCCCCAGCCCGACGCGGCCGGAGCGCUGGCCAGGCCCCGGAAUGUCAUGUCAUGUCAGUGACCCACAGUACGUGGCCCUUGAGUCUGGCUCUGCUCUUUGGCAUCUUGCAACUCAUCCUGGUGUGGGGGUGUCAGGAGCACAGUCCUUCUGUUGCUGAGGCGGCUCCAUUGUGUGGCUGUUCCAGCUGUUUUAUUCCUUCGCCACGUAAAGGAGAACUUUAAGCUGGAUAAAAAGGGGGGCGAUAAUGCACCAUGGCAGCGGGCCUCAGAAUGUCCAGCACCAGCUGCAGAGGUCCAGGGCCUUCGCCGGCAGCGAAGGAGAGGAGCAGCAGGCCCAUCCAAAUCCACCCCGGUCCCCCGCCACACCCUUCGCGCCGUCGGCGAGCCCGUCUGCACCCCAGUCACCCGGUUACCAAGUUCAGCAGCUCGUGAAUAGGAGUCCCGUGGCUGGGCAGAACGUGAGCAUCGCCCUUCAGAAUGUUGGACCAGUGGUGGGAGGAAGCCCACAGAUCACGCUCGCCCCUCUGCCGCUCCCCAGCCCCACUUCUCCAGGUUUUCAGUUCAGUGCCCAGCAGAGGCGGUUUGAGCAUGGAUCUCCAUCAUACAUCCAGGUUACCUCACCGCUGUCCCAACAGGUGCAGACUCAGAGCCCCACCCAGCCCAGCCCUGGGCCGGGGCCAGGCCUGCAGAGUGUGCGGGCGGGCGCCCCUGGCCCUGGCCUGGGCCUUUGCAGCAGCAGUCCCACUGGAGGCUUUGUGGACGCCAGCGUGCUGGUGAGGCAGAUUAGCUUGAGCCCGUCCAGUGGCGGGCACUUUGUGUUUCAGGAGGGCCCGGGCCUUGCCCAGAUGGCUCCAGCAGCCCAGGUUCAGCUGCAGCACACAGGGACUCCCAUCACAGUCAGAGAACGGAGACUCUCGCAGCCCCACGCACAGUCCGGGGGGACCGUCCACCACCUGGGACCCCAGAGCCCUGCAGCCUCGGGCGGGGCCAGCCUGCAGCCCCUGGCCAGCCCCAGCCACAUCACCACGGCCAGCUUGCCACCCCAGAUCAGCAGCAUCAUCCAGGGGCAGCUGAUCCAGCAGCAGCAGGUGCUGCAGGGACCGCCGCUGACCAGACCUCUGCUUCCCGGGGUCGGAGUCGGGGUUGGGGGUACUGCAGCAUUUGGGAUGACGUCCCCACCUCCCCCCACCAGCCCUUCCAGGACCACAGUGCCCCUGGGCCUCUCCAGCCUUCCUCUCACAUCUGCGGGGAGUGCGGGGGUGAGAAAGGCUCCCAAGAAGUUGGAGGAGAUCCCCCCGGCCUCCCAGGAGCUGGCUGAGAUGAGGAAGCAGUGCCUGGACUACCACUACAGAGAGAUGGAGGCGCUGAAGGAGGCCUUCAAGGAGUAUUUGAUCGAACUGUUUUUCUUGCAACACCUUCAAGGGAACAUGAUGGAUUUCUUAGCUUUCAAGAAGAAACAUUAUGCCCCGUUACAAGCUUAUCUUAGGCAGAAUGAUUUGGACCUUGAGGAAGAAGAGGAGGAGGAGGAGGAGGAGGAAGAAAAGUCUGAGGUUAUCAAUGAUGAGGUAAAGGUUGUGACAGGAAAGGAUGGGCAGACUGGUACUCCUGUUGCUAUAGCAACCCAGCUUCCUCCAAAUGUUUCUGCUGCUUUUUCAUCCCAGCAGCAACCAUUUCAGCAGCAGGCCCUCGGAGGGACCCUGGUGGCAGGGACUGGAAGUGCAGUAGAAACGGACCCCUUUAAGAGGCAGCAGGCCGGACCCCCAGCAGAGCAGUCUAAGAGACCUCGACUUGAAGUGGGUCACCAAGGGGUAGUUUUCCAGCACCCAGGGGUGAAUACAGGAGUUCCUCUUCAGCAGUUAAUGCCGACAGUUCAAGGAGGAAUGCCUCCUGCCCCUCAGGCCGCUCAGCUCGUGGGACAGAAGCAAAGCCAGCAGCAGUACGACCCCUCCACGGGGCCUCCGGUGCAGAAUGCCGCCAGCUUGCACACUCCGCCGCCGCAGCUCCCCGGCAGGCUGCCCCUGGCCGGCCUCCCCACUGCGCCUCUCCCGUCAGCGCUGCAGUUUUCACAGCAGCCGCAGGUGGUAGAGCCUCAGGCACAGCUCCAAAUCCCAGUGAGGACUCAGCAGGCAAAUGCCCCUGUCCCUGCGCCCCUGCCCAGCCAGCUUCCCGCGCCUCCUCCGCAGCCUGCGCAGCCAGCCCUCCACGCCCCGACGCCUGGGAAGGUGCAGGUGCAGGCCCCUCAGCUUUCAUCCCAGCCCCAGACGGCGGUGCCUGUGAGACCACCUGUGGACCCCGCCCAGUCCUGUCAGCGGCCCCCGCCUACCUCGUCUUCUGCAUCCAUCGCUCCCACAAGCAGCUUGGGCUCGGGACCCUCACCUGCGCGGGCCUCUCCAGUGAAUAGACCCUCCUCAGCAGCCAACAAGUCACUGUCUCCAGUCACCUCCCGGUCCCCGGGGGCAGCUGUGUCGGCCCCCCCCAAACCGCAGAGCCCAGCUCAAAAUGCUGCCCCACCUCAAGAUGGUUCUCAGGAUAAGCUGGCAGAACAAAUAGCACUGGAAAACCAGAUCCAUCAGCGAAUAGCAGAUUUAAGGAAAGAAGGCCUGUGGUCAGUGAGGCGGCUGCCGAAACUGCAGGAGGCCCCGCGCCCAAGAUCGCACUGGGACUACCUGCUGGAGGAGGUGCAGUGGAUGGCCACGGACUUUGCCCAGGAGAGGAGGUGGAAGGUGGCUGCUGCCAAGAAGCUCGUCCGGACCGUGGCACGCCAUCAUGAGGAAAAGAAGCUUCGUGAGGAGAAGGGAAGGAAAGAAGAGCAGAGCCGACUGAGACGCAUAGCUGCCUCAACCGCUAGAGAAAUAGAAUAUUUCUGGUCAAAUAUUGAACAGGUUGUAGAAAUAAAACUACAAGUAGAGUUGGAAGAAAAAAGGAAAAAGGCUUUAAAUUUACAGAAAGUUUCCAGAAGAGCUUUAGUGAAAACACAAAUCAUGUUACCUGUCUCUUCAGGAAAAGAGUCGAGACCUAGGGGACUUGAUACAUUACCGGAAAAUUUUCUGGAUUCGGGAAUAUCUGGAAGAAAAAGAAAAGCUAGCACAUCUUUAACUGAUGACGAAGUGGAAGAUGAGGAGGAGACAAUUGAAGAGGAAGAAGCAAAUGAAGGGGUUGUGGAUCACCGCACAGAACUGUCUAAUUUAGCCAAAGAAGCGGAAUUGCCCUUAAUUGAUUUGAUGAAGUUGUACGAAGGUGCCUUUCUGCCGAAUUUCCAGUGGCCCCAACCUAAACCUGACAGUGAGGAGACGAGCGAAGAAGAAGACAUGGAGGACUGCCCGGGUGACCGGGAGAGCCGGAAGGAUGUGGUUCUCAUAGACUCGCUGUUCAUCAUGGACCAGUUUAAAGCUGCAGAGAGAAUGAAUAUCGGGAAACCACACACAAAGGACAUCGUGGAGGUGACUGCUGUGGCCGAAGCUGUCCUGCCCAAGGGCAGUGCUCGGAUCAGUACCGCGGUGAAGUUGAACGCCCCAUCUCUGUUGUAUGGUGUGCUCAGAGAUUACCAGAAAAUCGGCCUGGACUGGCUAGCCAAACUCUACCGGAAGAAUCUCAAUGGCAUAUUGGCAGACGAAGCUGGGCUUGGUAAAACAGUGCAGAUCAUUGCUUUUUUUGCCCACCUAGCUUGUAAUGAAGGCAAUUGGGGCCCUCAUCUUGUCAUUGUGAGAAGCUGUAACAUACUCAAGUGGGAGCUCGAAUUGAAGCGAUGGUGUCCUGGGCUCAAAACCCUCUUAUAUGUUGGCAACCAUAGAGAACUCAAAGCAAAGAGACAGGAAUGGACCGAGCCCAACAGCUUCAACAUCUGCAUCACAUCCUACAAGCAGUUCUUUAAGGGCUACGCCUCCUUCACGCGGGUGCGGUGGAAGUGCUUGGUUAUUGAUGAGAUGCAGCGCGUGAAGGGCAUGACCGAGAGGCACUGGGAAGCCGUGUUCACCCUGCAGAGUCAGCAGCGUCUGCUUCUGAUCGAUGCACCUCUGCACAACACCUUCCUGGAGCUGUGGACCAUGGUGCACUUCCUCAUUCCAGGCAUUUCCAGACCCUACCUGCACUUCCCUCUGAAAGCCCCGAAUGAGGAAAACCAGGACUACUACCAUAAAGUGGUCAUACGAUUACAUCGGGUGACACAGCCAUUUAUUUUGAGGAGAACUAAAAGAGAUGUAGAAAAGCAACUGACAAAGAAAUACGAGCACGUUUUGAAGUGCCGCCUUUCUAAUCGACAGAAAGCCUUGUAUGAGGACGUCAUUCUGCAGCCUGGAACCCAGGAAGCACUGAAGAGCGGGCACUUUGUGGACGUGCUGAGCAUCCUCCUGCGGCUGCAGCGGAUCUGCAACCACCCUGGGCUGGUGGAGCCCCGGCUCCCGGAGUCCUCCUACACGGCAGGGCCGCUGCAGUACCGCUCGGCCUCCCUCAUCCUGAAGGCACUCGACAGAGACUCUUGGAAGGAAACCGAUCUUUCUAUAUUUGACCUAAUUGGCUUAGAAAAUAAAAUGACUCGCCAUGAGGCGGAAUUGCUUUGUAAGAAAAAGGUGACUCGGAAACUCAUUGAGGAGCUGUUCACUGCACCGCCCCCGUCAAACAGACCUGCAGCCGUCAGACUGAAGCCCAGCAGGUUAUUUCAGCCUGUGCAGUAUGGCCAGAAGCCCGAGGGUCGCACUGUGGCUUUCCCCAGCACACACCCGCCCCGGACAGCGACCUCUGCCGCAGCCACUGCCACUCCACAGGGCCACGUUCGAGGACGGCCACCGAUCGCCACGUUCUCUGCAAAUCCGGAUGCAAAAGCGGCAGCAGCCCCGUUUCAGACCUCUCAGGCUUCCACCGGUGCUCCGAGACACCAGCCCGCCUCGACCUUCAGCACAGCACCUAGCCCAGCCCAUCCUGCGAAACUGCGGGCCCAGACCACUGCCCAGGCCUCCGCCCCAGGCCCGCCCCAGCCCCAGCCCCAGGCCCCCUCGCACCCGGCGGGGCAGAGCGCGCUGCCUCAGGGGUUGGUGCUCACCUCGCAGGCCCAGGCGCGCCUGCCGAGUGGGGAGGUAGUCAAAAUAGCCCAGCUGGCUUCACUCGCAGGACCGCCAAGUCGAGUCGCCCAGCCUGAGACCCCUGUGACGCUGCAGUUCCAAGGAAACAAAUUCACCUUGUCACACAGCCAGCUCCGACAGCUCACCGCUGGCCAGCCCCUGCAGCUACAAGGCAGUGUUCUUCAGAUCGUGUCUGCGCCUGGGCAGUCCUACCUGCGACCUCCAGGCCCCGUGGUGAUGCAGACCGUGUCCCAGGCAGGAGCCCUCAACGCCCUGGGAAGCAAACCCCCAACCAGUGGCCCAGGCCCUGCACCCCUGACCCCAUCAGUGGGUGUGCCUGGUCGAGUGGCAGUCAAUCCCCUGGCUGCAGGAGAACCUGGAAUGGCCUCCAAGCCAGCCUCUCCCAUCGGAGUACCAACCCAGGAGGAGAAGACCAGACUUUUGAAAGAGCGGCUGGACCAGAUUUAUUUUGUCAAUGAACGGCGCUGCUCCCGUGCUCCCGUAUAUGGCAGAGAUUUGUUGGGGAUCUGUUCCCUGGCCAACAGAGAGCAGAUACCAUGGCACGGCUCUUUCGAUAGCAGUCACAGGAAGGGGGCUGGGCCAGCGAGCUGUUUCACGUCACCUUCCAAAAGUCAGAGGGACCUGAUUCUGACACUGACUCAACGUCAAGAAUCCCUCCAGGAUGUUAUCGACAGGGUGGUGUGUGUGAUCCCUCCAGUGGUGGCCGCGCCCCCCUCCUUGUGGGUGGCGAGGCCACCUUCCCUGUACAGCCACAGGAUGCGGAUCUUCAGGCACUGCCUGAAAGAGCACACGGCUCCCUACGCCCAGCAGCUGCAGCAGAUGACAGCUCUGCGCUCACUGCAGUUUCCAGAGCUGAGAUUGGUCCAGUUUGACUCAGGAAAGCUGGAAGCCUUAGCUAUUUUACUGCAGAAAUUGAAAUCUGAGGGACGUCGAGUGCUGAUUUUAUCCCAGAUGGUUCUUAUGUUAGACAUUUUAGAAAUGUUCUUGAACUUCCAUUAUCUCACCUAUAUAAGAAUUGAUGAAAAUGCCAACAGUGAACAGAGGCAGGAACUGAUGAGGAGUUUCAACAGAGACAGGCGGAUUUUCUGUGCCAUUCUCUCCACUCAUAGCCGUGCCACUGGCGUGAGCCUGGUAGAGGCAGACGCGGUGGUGUUCUAUGACAAUGACCUGAACCCUGUGAUGGACGCCAAGGCCCAGGAGUGGUGUGACAGGAUUGGGAGGCGCAAGGACGUGCACAUAUACAGGCUUGUGAGUGGCAAUUCCAUUGAAGAGAAAUUGUUGAAAAAUGGAACCAAAGAUUUGAUCCGGGAAGUAGCUGCUCAGGGAAAUGAUUACUCCAUGGCGUUCUUAACACAGCGGACUAUCCAGGAGCUGUUUGAGGUCUAUUCUCCCAUGGAUGAUGCUGGCUUUCCAGUAAAAGCUGAGGAGUUUGUUGUCCUUUCUCAGGAACCUUCCAUCACAGAAACCAUUGCACCCAAGAUUGCCAGACCUUUCAUAGAGGCCCUCAAGAGUAUUGAGUAUCUGGAUGAGGAUGCGCAGAAACCCGUGGAGGAAGCAGUGCCUGGGUCACCAGACUCCGACGGCUCACGGCGGAGCGAAGAGCCGUCGCAGCUGGAAGAGUUUGCUGACUUCAUGGAACAGCUCACACCAAUUGAAAAAUAUGCUUUGAAUUACCUGGAAUUAUUCCAUACUUCUAUUGAUCAAGAAAAAGAGAGAAAUAGUGAGGAUGCUGUGCUCACUGCUGUGAGGGCCUGGGAGGCCCAGAACGUGAGGGCCCUACGGGAGAGGGAGGCCAGGGCGCUGCGGGAGCAGGAGCAGGAGCAGCUUCUCACCUAUACGCGGGAGGAUGCCUACAGCGCGGAAUAUGUCUGUGAAGGUGCCGACGGGCAGACGGAAGUCAUGCCGCUCUGGACCCCGCCCACGCCCCCGCAGGAUGACAACGACAUCUACAUCGACUCGGUCAUGUGUCUCAUGUACGAAACCACGCCCAUCCCAGAGUCUAAGCUGCCUCCCGUGUACGUGAGGAAGGAGCGUAGGCGACACAAGACAGACCCCUCAGCUGCAGGCAGGAAGAAGAAGCAGCGUCACGGGGAGGCGGUCGUUCCUCCUCGGUCGCUGUUUGACCGAGCAACACCGGGCAUGUUGAAGAUUCGACGAGAAGGGAAGGAGCAGAAGAAGAAUAUUCUUUUGAAGCAGCAAACACAGUUUGCCAAGCCUUUGCCAACUUUUGCCAAACCAACAGCUGAGUCGGGUCCAGACAACCCCGAGUGGCUCAUCAGUGAAGACUGGGCGCUGCUGCAGGCCGUGAAGCAGCUACUCGAGCUGCCUCUGAACCUCACGAUUGUGUCCCCGGCUCACACACCUAACUGGGACCUCGUCAGCGACGUCGUCAACUCCUGCAGUCGGAUCUACCGCUCUUCCAAACAGUGCCGGAACCGCUAUGAGAACGUGCUCAUUCCGAGAGAGGAAGGGAAGAGUAAGAACAACCGCCCUCUGCGCACAGGGCAGAUGUACGCCCAGGAUGAAAAUGCCACGCACACCCAGCUGUACACCAGCCACUUCGACCUCAUGAAGAUGACUGCUGGGAAGAGGAGCCCCCCCAUCAAACCUCUGCUUGGCAUGAAUCCCUUUCAGAAAAACCCCAAGCAUGCCUCCGUGUUGGCAGAAAGUGGAAUCAACUACGAUAAACCACUGCCUCCUAUUCAGGUUGCAUCUCUCCGUGCAGAGCGAAUUGCCAAAGAGAAAAAGGCUCUGGCGGAUCAGCAGAAGGCUCAGCAGCCGCAGGUGGCGCAGCCCCCACCACCGCCACCACCGCCGCAGCCACAGCCGCAGCCGCCGCCGCCCCAGCAACCGCCUCCACCUCUGCCCCAGCCCCAGGCGGCGGGCAGCCAGCAGCCCACGGGGCCACCAGCCGUCCCGCCCCAGGCCCCGGUGCAGCCCCAGGCACAGCCCGCGCAGCCCCCAGCCAAGGUGCCGCCUGUGAUCACGACGGUGGGCAGUGCCGCCGUGCUGCAGGCAGGAGCCAUUAAAACGUCCGUUACAGGGACAAGCAUGCCAACGGGCACAGUGAGUGGGAAUGUGAUAGUGAACACCAUCGCGGGCGUCCCCGCUGCCACCUUCCAGUCGAUUAACAAGCGCCUUGCUUCACCCGCAGCGCCUGGAGCCUUGACUACCUCUGGAGGCUCUGCUCCUGCCCAGGUGGUCCACACUCAGCCUCGAGCAGUUGGCUCCCCAGCUACGGCCACAUCUGACUUGGUGUCCCUGGCUCCAACUCAGGGUGUUCGAGCGGUGACCUCUGUGACAGCCUCGGCUGUGGUCACUACCAGUCUGACCCCAGUGCAGACCCCGACCCGCUCUUUGGUGACACAGGUGUCCCAAGCCACAGGGGUUCAGCUUCCUGGGAAAACUAUCACGCCUGCACAUUUCCAGCUUCUCAGGCAGCAGCAGCAGCAACAGCAACAGCAGCAGCAGCAGCAGCAGCAGCAGCAGCAGCAGCAGCAGCAGCAGCAGCAAACCUCUCAGGUGCAGGUUCCGCAGAUUCAGGGCCAGGCCCAGUCGCCUGCACAAAUCAAAGCUGUGGGCAAGUUGACACCGGAGCACCUGAUCAAAAUGCAGAAGCAGAAACUGCAGCUGCCCCAGCAGGCCCCCACACCACAGGCCCCGCCGGGGCCCCCGCAGCCGACGACACAGGUGCAGGUGCAGCCCCAGCCACCCGCACAGCAGCAGAGCCCCCAGCUCACCACGGUCACAGCCCCGCGGCCCGGAGCCCUGCUCACGGGCACCACCGUGGCCAACCUCCAGGUGGCCCGGCUUACCCGGGUUCCCACAUCGCAGCUGCAGGCACAAGGGCAGAUGCAGGCCCAGGCGACCCAGCCGGCUCAGGUGGCCUUGGCGAAGCCUCCAGUGGUGUCCGUGCCCGCAGCCGUGGUCUCCUCACCAGGCGUCACGACCCUGCCCAUGAACGUUGCCGGGAUCAGUGUGGCCAUUGGGCAGCCACAGAAAGCCACAGGACAGACUGUCGUGGCCCAGCCCGUGCAUGUCCAGCAGCUGCUGAAGCUCAAACAGCAAGCUGUGCAGCAGCAGAAAGCCAUCCAGCCGCAGGCCGCCCCAGGCCCAGCGGCCGUUCAGCAGAAGAUCACUGCACAGCAGAUUGCUGCUCAGGGCCAACCACAGAAGGUCACCUAUGCCACCCAGCCAGCCCUUAAAACCCAGUUUCUUACCACGCCCAUCUCCCAGGCUCAGAAACUCGCGGGGACUCAGCAGGUGCAGACCCAGAUCCAGGUUGCAAAACUCCCUCAAGUUGUCCAGCAGCAAACACCCGUGGCCAGUAUCCAGCAGGUCGCCUCUGCUUCGCAGCAGGCUUCCCCACAGACUGUGACCCUCACCCAAGCGACAGCAGCCGGGCAGCAGGUCCAGAUGAUCCCGGCAGUGACUGCGACAGCGCAGGUGGUCCAGCAGAAACUCAUGCAGCAGCAAGUUGUAACGACAGCAGCGGCCCAGCUGCAGACCCCUGGUGUUCCCAACCCGGGACAGGUGCCAGCCAACUCUGAUAGCCCAAACCAGCAGCCCAAAUUACAAAUGAGAGUCCCUGCCGUCAGGUUAAAGACACCCACCAAACCUCCGUGCCCCUAGUCAGGAAAGCAGGGCGGCCUCAGGGUGGGCCACCCUUGCAUUCCACCAUCUAGCCAAAAUCGAGUAGAUUUUAUUUAUUGAACCUUGGGACAAUGUCAUGUGAAAUGUAGUACCUGGAAAGCUCUAAUUGAAACAAAGUCGUGUAAUUUUAUUACAAUGUGUCCUACCCUGCGGGAGCAGCAAUCCUCAUUAAACAUCCCUUUUCUGUAUUAUGUGACUAAUUGAAAAAGUAACAGUGGCAAUUUUUUGUAAAUCAUUUUACCUUUUGGUUUAUCCUCCAGGGCAGUAGUGCUGGGUCUUAAGCCAUUUAGAAUUUCCCUGUUAAGUGUCCAGUGUUCUGCACGUCACAGUAGCCAUUUGGAAUGUGCAGUGAGUCAGAAAACAAACUUUAUGAAGCCUAAAUGUGGUCUUUGACAGCACCUGCCUCUGCUUGGCUCUUUAUACCUAACUGGAAAUGACCACAGUCCUUAGAGAGGAAGGAGACUGGCUAAGGUAGAUCAUUUCAGAUCAGAGAAGGCCAGUGUGGUUUCUUCCUUCCCUUCUGAAAUGUGACUUGUUUGAACUUUUAAAGGAAAUAUUUAGUACUGACACCCAUCGAAGCACAUUCUUGACAUGUUCCCGGCUUGUGGUGAAGGGAAACAACCUGUGAUUGAAUUUUCAUUCCAAAGAGCAGCCAGUGUGGCUUCUCCCAGACCCUCCCCACAGCGUGUGUGUAAACCCAGCCUUUGGGACUGCUUCCCAUCCCAGCAUAUCCAUGAUAUUUUCCCAGCUUUUGGAUCAAGCUUAUGUUUGGACUUAGUGAAUGGAAGCAGCUCCAGUGAAUUUUGUGAGGCUCCUGUGUCGAACUGACUUGGGGCCCAGAGCACUGCUCAGGUGUUACGUUGCAGUAGUCACUGCUGAGUGCGUGGUGACAUGGCAACUGGAGUGCUUAGAGCGGGCGCUUGUCAUGUUCAGCUUAGAGCGCUUUGCUUUCAUGUUCAGCCCAGGUAUGACCUGCAGAGGUGAGAAACCUCCUCAUACAGUGUGGUUUAUUUAUGAAACCUACAAGCAUUACCCACAGAAAUGGGCAUAGUCAACUCUUCAUCAUAGACUUGUUACAUUGGAUUUCUGAGCCAGGGUCUCAUACAUGAGCAGAUGCACUUGCUUGUGGUUCUUGGUGAAGCAGAGAACUGUCCAUGCUGUUUGGGGGAGGGGGCAUAGUUGAGGGGCAAAGAUGAGGCGGCGUGUUUGCUAUUGUUUUUAUUUUCUUACUCUAGCAAGGUAAUAGAAGCAGUUGCGGUGGUUUGAUUGGCUGAUGAUGUCUGCUUACCUGGAAGUUUCCACCCAAGCAGAAGGUGCAUGUCCCAUGGCACCCUCUCCACUCUGGCACUGUGCCUCUUUUACAUUACUUGGUUCAGGAAAUCAGGCUGAAUUAGGUCUGUGUGUACUAAAAAUCAGUUACACUGUACUGAGAGGUUUUUCAUUUUCAUUCUUAGUUUUAUUUAACCUGUUCCCUCCCCACUGUAUCGCUUCAAAUGACAUGAAGUAUUUUGUCUUGUAGUAUUUUGUUUCCCAUCAAGUUAUGUGGACAAUAAUAUGGCGAUACUUAGUGAAGCCAACUGGGCAGCUGAUUUUUGAGCUCUUGGUGAGAAAUUUCGAAAAAAGUAAAAUUUAAGUGUUGAAAAAAUGGGAGAGAUUUAACAUUUUAGUUAAUUGAACAUAUCAAAACAGUACUAUAAUCUAUUUUCUUGUAACUAGUUCAUUCUGGUUUGGCAUAUGCUGUCAGGAGAGAAUACGGCAUGCAGGGAGGCUCUCUGUGCAUGCUUCAAGUCUGGUUGCUGAGGAAAGUUCCUGCUCUUGUUUAUCCUUGAAUGUGCAGAACUAACAUAUAUAGGAAUCCUCUUUUUUCAGCCUGUUUUAAUUUGUACACCCUGUUCUAUUUCCUCUUGUUCUUCAUAGGGUGUUAGCAGUCUCUUUAGAUGAUGAUAACAUGUUGAGUGCACGUACUUUAGACUGUUCUAGACAUAGCUGCCUGGAUAGAAGUUCUUAUUAAUCUGGACACUAGAAGAGAAUUUAGAAACAUCUCUCAAAAGCUUCUUAAGAGAACAGAACUGGGGUUCUGAAUAUUUGCAGUGUGGAACUCCUGCCCUAUCUUACUUUGUGAGUGAUCGAGUCUCUCGUCUCCGAAGUGUGCUUUCUUCAGCAAGUCCCUAAUGCACAAUAUGGAACAGAAAAGAAUUUUACUCGUUAUCACUUGACUUAGUAACAUCUAGAUGUCACCACUGACCUACAGUCUUUAAUAGAGUAAUUUAAGUAAAAAUCCUCCAGGUGUAGUGUUUCCUUGGCCUUCUGUUUUAAAGGUUAAACUUUCCAUGUUUAAGAAUUAAAGUGAGUGUAGGAAGUCAUCUAGGCCUCAGAUCAUCAUUGUUAGCAGAAUCCUGCGUGACCUUGUGAACCCGGGGUCUUAUCAAGACAGUAUGUAGUGAUUGAGAGAAGUCUUCAGAACAUAAAUUAAGAUAGUAGCCAGAGCACUGUCAGACUCGAACUGGGCACCGUGGAAAGCACUUGUUCUUUAAAUCAGAGACGUCGGUUCUGACUAAGGCCAGGCUGUUGUUAAAGCAUCGCUUGGGAAGCAGGAGGUUGGAUCCAGCACUCAUUCAGAUUUGUUGCCUAAUGAGGCAGAGGCUUUCUUUUUUGCAGUCUUUAUGAUUUUUUUAACUGUUGUAACCAGAUAGCUGUUGUGUUUUAAAAUAUAAAGGAAGAAGACUGAAAUUGUAAAUACUUUGUAAACAUAAUCAUUUGUACUUGAAUACUAGGGUUUUAAAGGGCACUGAUACCCACCAAACAAAAAGUAUAAUAAAAUAACCUUUUUAUA